AUGACAAGCAGCCUGCAAAUCAACGCGCUUUUCGACAUCUCAGGCCGAUGGGUCGCCAUUACGGGAGCUGCAAGUGGCAUCGGACGAAUGCUUGCUCGAGGCUGUGCGGUAAAUGGAGCUAACACAAUCCUGAUUGACGUCAAUGAAGAGGCGUUGAAGUCUCUCAAGGUCGAAUUGGAGGGUAUUGCGGCCAGCUUCACGCACCCAACAAAAGCCACCACUAUUCACGCGGAUUUGUCUUCACAAGCGGGCGUGAGGUCAGUUGUAGAGCAGAUGAAGGCGAGUCAUGCGUCCCUAGACGCUCUGAUACACUGCGCCGCCAUCCGCUUUAUGAACGAGUUGCCGUACACGCCUGGGGAUGAUUUAGAAAAACUGGAAGCCGCCACGUCAUCGGCGCCGUAUCAGGACUGGGAGCUGGCCCAUCGCGUGAACGUGCUUGCGCCAUACUUCCUCACCGCAGGACUAACCACUCUACUCGGCGCGGCUGCUGCCAAAGGCGAAGGACGAGGAUGCGUCAUCAUGUUCAGCAGUCCGGCCAGUGUGCACAACCACCAGUUCGUCCCCGUCUAUCAAACCACAAAGGCAGCGGUCGACCAUCUGGUGAGGAUCAUGGCUGCUGAGUUCGCUGAUUUCUACAUUCGGGUGAACGCCAUCUCUCCGGGCAUCGUCCCCUCGGCCAUGACCCACGAUGGCCCAACAUCCAACUUGCGCUUGGCAGCUGAGGCGCCGGCUGGAAGGGCUGGGAAUGAAGAAGAUAUGGUCGGGACCGCGACAUGGCUGAUGAGCAAGGCUGGAUCGUUCAUGGAUGGCAAGGUCAUACGGGCGGAAGGCGGUCGAUUGUUGAUCUUGAAAGGCGUAACUUCCAAUUCGGAUUAA